AUGGAUACUACUCCCUCCGUCCGAGAAAAGUUGCCUCCGACAAACACCUCCCCUUUCUUCCAACAAACUACGCAGCCCUCACUCCGACCGCUUCCCUGCUCCGUCGCCUGGCCACGCGCCGGCCGCCUGCUCUAUUGCGUCGCCGCCUGCUCCAUCGCCUCGCCACGCACCGGACGCCUUCUCCCCAUCGUCUCGCCGCUUCUCUUCGUCCGCACCAGGAAAUCAAGAGGGAAGCGAUCCCCUUUUCUGCAAAUCCCGCGACUUGCCGGCUCCGGCGGCGGCGCUCAUGUCCUGGAGGCAGGUCCUCGAGCUCCUCCUCCCGACCCCGAGCUCCUCGUCCUCGAGCUGCUGCAGAAGUUAACGACAGUUGCUCCUCCUCCAGGUUCUCGAGCUCCUCGCCCUCUUAGCUCCACCGGCGGCGGCGCCGCCGCCGCUUGUGCUUCUGCUGCCCGCCCACCCACCGCGAGCGAUUGGAGGUGGACUUGGUGCAGAGGAAUGGAUCUUGCUUCUGUUGAUCUCAGUUUAAGUUGCAGAUUUGACCUGGAAUGACCAGUCUCAGUUUAAGUAACAUAUUCUAGUAAUGCGACAAGCACAUCUGUACUGCUCUCAGUUUAAGUUACAGAUCACAUUCACAACACUUAGUUUGGAAAACUUCAAAGCAUCAAUAUCUAUUCCUGCUACCCCUGGUCUUGAUCCAACCAUUGCAAACUCAGGGCGCUGGAGUAGCAGCAGAGGCGGCGAGGAGGAGCUGGGUUGCCUGGACGAAGAAGAAGAAGAAGAAAUCGGCGAGGAGGAGCAGGUGGGCGCCUCUGUAGAAGGUGGGCGGCGGCGCUGGGCCCUACGGUGGAGGCACUGGUCACCUCGGUGCACGGCGGUGGAGCAGCGGCGGCCGGGGUCUUGCCCAACUCCCGCAACAGAGUGGCUGGCCUUGGGGCGCCGGCGUUGCGACCGGGGAUGCGAGAAGGACGACGAGUAAAGCUGACCGUGAUCCGUGGAAUCGCCGCUCGUCGAGGUGUCGCCGCGGAGGAGCAGCUGGGCGGCGGCGAAGCUCGCCUCCGCAGCGCAGCUAAGCAGGGCGGUGCAAGAUGGCAGCUGCGGGGCAGGUGGGCGGCGGCGCAAGUGGGACUUCGUCGCUGGCUGAUCCUACGGCGGCUGGGGCACGCGGUGCCCGUGGGCGACAGGGGGAGGCGGAGGCUGGGGCGCGCGCGGUGCCUACGGGCGUCGGGGGAGGAAGAAGGGCUGAUUAGCACGAGAUUUAAAGUGAAAAGGGGUUUUCUGCAAAAUUACAAUUGAACUAUGCUGGUGACAACUUUUUUCGGACGGAGGGAGUACCUCUGAUCCAAAUUUCAAUUCUUUUUUUUAGUAAACGGCAGGAGCACUCCCUUUUCUAUUUUUUGAAGAUAAAAAAGGUUUUUUUAAUGAAAGGUAGAUGAGGCUCUACCUUAUA